GUGAGGUCAGUGAUGGAGGGAGAUUCUGUUACUCUAAACUCUGAUCUUACUCAAAUACAGUCUGAUGAUGAGAUGAUGUGGAAAUAUGACAACAUUCUGAUAGCUAAAAUCUAUGGGAAGGACAAUAAGAGCAGGGUUUAUAAUGAAAGUGCUGACGGUAGAUUCAGAGACAGACUGGAGCUGGAUCAGACUGGAUCUCUGAUCAUCACAAACACCAGAACCACAGACUCUGGACUUUAUACAGCCUCCAGCAAAAACUCAGGAACAGUACUCUUCAGACUUACUGUCUACGCUCGUCUGUCUACUCCUGUCAUUAGCAGAGACCCCUCUGUUUUCAGAACCUACCAGCAUUGUUCACUGCUGUGUUCGGUGGUGAACGUGGGUCAUGUGACUCUCUCCUGGUACAAAGGAAACAGUUUAUUGUCCAGCAUCAAUGUGUCUGAUCUCAGCAUCAGUCUCUCUCUAACUCUGGAGGUGGAACAUCAGGAGAAAAACAACUAUAGUUGUGUAGUGAACAAUCCUGUCAGCAAUCAGACCACACAGCUGAACAUCACUCAACUUUGUCACAUAAAUUUAGAUUUUAUCCAUUGUUGCGGUUCUACUGAAGCUGUGAUCCGAUUGGCCCUCUCUGCUCUGGUGGGCGUGGCUGCUGUUGCUGUGCUGGUUUAUGAAUUCAGAUCCAGAAACCUUCGAGCAAAAGAGAGAGCAGAUGUCGCAAUCAAACAAGAAUUAAACUGAUUUUCCAACACGAUCUCACCCCAACUCGUCACAUAUUGCCGCUUGGUCAAGGACCCUUUUGCAUCACUUUUUUUGCAGCAAAUUCAAAGGCCGUCAGACUGUGUUGGAUUUUCACAAAGGUGUAGAUGAAUUUG